AUGCCUACGACGUCGGAAGAGACCAGCUCGCUUGCCGGGACGUCGGUCGUGGUGCACCCCCUGGUGCUCCUGUCUGUGACGGACCAUGCGUCCCGUGUAUCGAUUGGCUCGCGGAAGCGAGUCCUCGGCGUGCUGCUUGGCCAGGACAAUGGCAAAGUGAUCAAUGUGGCCAACAGUUUCGCGAUCCCCUUUGAGGAGGACGAGCGCGACCCCAAGACGUGGUUUUUGGACCACGACUACAUCGAAGGCAUGAUGGAGAUGUUUAAAAAGGUCAAUGCGCGUGAAAAGAUGAUUGGAUGGUACCAUACCGGUCCCAAGCUACGCUCGUCGGAUCUGGAGAUCAACGAGCUGAUGAAGCGUUUCACGCCCCGCCCCGUGAUGGUGAUUAUCGACCCUCGGAAGCAGGACGUGGGUAUCCCCACCGACGCAUACGUCGCCGUGGAAGAGAUCAAGGACGACGGCACGGCGACGCAAAAGACCUUUAUGCACGUCCCGACCACGAUCGAGGCCGAGGAGUCGGAAGAGGUCGGUGUGGAGCACCUUCUCCGUGAUAUCCACGACACGACGGCCGUCGGCUCGCUCUCGGAGCGUGUCUCGUCGCAGCUCGCGUCGCUGCGUGGCCUGCACCGCCGCCUGAUCGAAAUCCGCGACUACCUCGCAGCAGUGACGCGUGGCGAGCUUCCCGUGAACCACGAGAUCAUCUACGAACUGCAAAACAUCUUCAACUACCUCCCCGAUCUCGAGAAGCCCGAGACCGUGCGCAGCUUCCGUGUGGCGAACAACGACCGCCUGCUUAUUGUAUACCUCAGCAGUCUCAUCCGCUCGGUGAUUGCGCUCCAUGCCCUGGUCGACAACCGGUUGGAGAUGGCGCGAGGCGAAAGCAACGCGCCCACCGCGAACGGCGCACCGGCCGACGAGAAGGAGGCGCCGACCGAGGCGAAGCCAUAG